AUGGGUCAGAUGAGUCGUCUCCAGAAGAACAACACUGAGGCACCCAUGUCCAGAGAGAAGCAAACCCUGUUUGUUGGACAAUUCCGCAAGACCAAGCUUUGCCGCUUCCACGAGACUGGGCGUUGCCGAUAUGCUGAGAAGUGCCCGUUCGCGCACUCUCCCGAAGAGCUUGAGGACCUCCCGGACCUCCGCAAGACCUCUAUUUGCAAGAACUGGCAAAACCACUGCUGUAAAUUAUCUGCAGAUCAGUGCACCUUUGCGCAUGGCAAGGAGGAACUACGAAAGACCCCUCCGUUCGGCCGCAAGAGACCUCCCCAGACCGUGAUCAGCCGCAAGGACAGUUUCGAAGGCCAGCACAAGUUAAAGUGGCGACUUGCUUGUUUUGCCGGCAGUUACAGAGCACUGCUCAGUUACAGUUCGUUUGGUAGGCUUUCAACUUGCUAG